AUGAGAGUCCGGCUGGGGGCUGUCGGGGUCACACUACCAGGCAGGUUCUCCAGCGCUUCCAGCCACUCCCCCCCAGGCCCCGCCCAAAAAAAAGCACUUCCGGUUCCGGCGUGGCCCGGAAGUGGGCGGGCGGCGGCGUCUGCGCGAAAAAAAAGUGGAGGAGGUGCCGGGCGGCCGCUUCCCGCCCCCGAGCCUGAGCCGGUGCCGAAAAAAAAAGAGCCGAGGUCGGACUCGGAGCGGAGCCGGCUCAGCGGGCGCCGAGUCCCCGAAAAAAAACGGAACACGCUGUCCUCGCGCUUCCGUCGGGUGGACAUCGAUGAGUUUGACGAAAAAAAAAUCGUGGACGAGCAGGAGGAGGCGGCGGCGGCGGCGGGCGAGCCAGGCCCGGACAAAAAAAAGGUGGAUGGCCUUCUGCGGCAAAAAAAAAAGCUUCGGGCAUUCCACGCAGCCUUGCGGAACUCUCCCAUCAACACCAAGAAUCAAAAAAAAAAGGAACGAGCCCAGGGCGUGGUGCUGAAAGUGCUCACAAACUUUAAGAGCAGUGAAAUUGAGCAGAAAAAAAAGUCGCUGGACAGAAAUGGCAUUGACUUGCUAAUGAAGUACAUUUAUAAGGGGUAAAAAAAACCCACAGAAAACAGCAGUGCAGUGUUACUCCAGUGGCAUGAAAAGGCAUUAGCAGUAGGAGGACUAGGCUCCAUUAUAAGAGUUCUUACAGCAAGAAAGACUGUUUAA